AUGGUCCCAAAUGAAGCCAGUCAGUACAUAGGAAUUAUCCAGCUACUUCAGCAUUUUGGAUGGACAUGGGUUGGGUUCUUCACUGUUGAUGAUGACAGUGGAGAACAUUUCUUGCAGGUGUUAGAAUCACUGCUUUCCCUGAAUGGGAUCUGUUCAGCAUUCACAACGAAAAUCCCACAAGCUCAGUUGCAUGGUAUCCAAAAGAUUAAUAGUGAAGUCUGGAGUAUUUAUCUAUCUAUGACUUAUAUCAAAGUGAAUACAUUUAUUGUUUAUGGAGAAACUUUGUCCAUGAUGUUGCUGAACUACUAUAUGCUUCUAGCAACUGAUGGAGAUCAUUCAGAUGUAUCCUUUCAAAGGGUAUGGAUUAUGACUGCCCAGAUUGAUUUUGCAAUCACAGGACUUCAGGUGGGCUCAGAUCUGCAAGUGUUUCAUGGGGCCAUUUCUUUUACUAUUCACUCCCAUCAACUUCCCAAGUUCCAUAAAUUUCUUCUGGCCAUAGACCCAUGCUGGGCAGGAGGAGAUUUCCUUAAGGUCUUCUGGGAGCAAGCUUUUGACUGCUCAUUUCAGUGUCCAAAGGUGCCAGAGGAGGAAGUAUGUUCUUGGAAGGAGAGCUUGGAGAAACUUCCUGGAUAUCUGUUUGAAAUUCACAUGGCUGGUCAUAGCUACAGCAUCUACAAUGCGGUCUAUGCUGUAGCACAUGCUUUACAUACCAUGGAGUUAUUUAGAUCCAAACUCAGAUCAAAGAGUGGUAUGAAAAAUACGAAACUUCAAGAUCUUCAACCUUGGCAGCUGCACCCAGCUCUUCAAUCUAUUGUGUUUAACAAUUCUGCUGGAGAAACAGUGUUCUUUAAUGGAAAGAAGGAAGUGGGAGGUCAACUUGAUAUCAUGAACCUGAUCACAUUCCCAAAUAACUCCUUUGUUAGAGUGCAGAUUGGAACGGUGGAUCCUGAAGGGAAAAAACUCAGUAUUGAUGAUUCGACAAUUGUAUGGCCCCGGCGUUAUAACCAGGUGCAACCUGUGUCAGUAUGUACUGAAUCUUGCCCCCCUGGUUAUCAGAAGAAAAAAAGAGAGCAGGAUAAAUUUUGCUGUUAUGAUUGUGCACCAUGCCCAGAAGGGAAGAUCUCAAAUUUGAAGGAUAUGCUUGAUUGUAUUGAAUGCCCAGAAGAUCAAUAUACUACUAGGAACAGGGAUGGAUGCAUUCCUAAAACAAUGAGCUUUCUUUCUUAUGAGGAACCUUUAGGAAUCAGUUUAAUUUCAGUGGCUAUUUCCUUUUCCUUGAUCACAGCGCUGGUGUUGGGAACACUCAUUAAGCACAGAAAUACUCCUAUAGUCAAAGCCAACAACAGGGACCUCACCUACACUCUCCUCAUCUCGCUUCUUGUCUCCUUCUUGUCUUCUUUGCUCUUUAUUGGACAACCUAGAAAAAUGACUUGCUGUCUCCGACAACCUGUUUUUGGCAUCAUCUUCUCUGUGGCUGUUUCUUCGGUGUUUGCCAAAACGAUCACUGUUGUGGUAGCAUUUACAGCCACCAAACCAGGAUCCAAAAUGAGGAAGUACAUGGGGAAAAGACUAUCAAGCUCUGUUGUCCUUUCCUGCUCUCUUGUUCAAGCCGUUAUUUGUAUUGUGUGGGUGGCAACCUCUCCUCCAUUCCCAGAUUUAGAUAUGUACUCAGUCACUGGAGAAAUUGUAGUAGAAUGUAAUGAAGGAACCACCAUCCUGUUUUAUCUAGUCUUGGGUUACAUGGGAUUCCUGUCCCUCAUCAGCUUUUCAGUGGCAUUCCUAGCCAGGAAGUUGCCAGAUACUUUCAAUGAAGCUAAGUUUAUCACUUUUAGCAUGUUGUUGUUUUGUAGUGUUUGGUUGUCUUUUGUUCCGACCUAUUUGAGCACCAAAGGAAAGUAUAUGGUAGCUGUGGAGAUCUUCUCCAUCUUAGCCUCCAGUGCUGGGUUACUGGGUUGUAUCUUUGUUCCCAAAUGCUACAUCAUCUUUCUAAAGUCUGAACUGAACACCAAGGAACAGCUGAUGAGGAGAAAAUGA